AUGUUCAAAAAAGUUGCUGUGGGUAUUUCUGGCGGUGUAGAUAGUGCUGUAGCAGCAUUUUUGUUAAAGAACGCCGGCUAUCAGGUGGAAGGAGUUUUCAUGAGAAAUUGGGACAAUAAUUACGAAGUCGGUUUUUGUUCAGAUGAGAAAGAUUAUGAAGAUGCCUCAUUUGUUUGUCGUAAGCUUGAUGUUCCUUUACACAGAGUGCACUUUAUAAAAGAAUAUUGGAAUGAUGUUUUCACAACUUUAUUAAAGGAAUAUGAAUCAGGGUUGACUCCAAAUCCGGACAUACUUUGCAACAGAUAUAUUAAAUUUGAUAGGUUUUUUGAACAUUGCAGGAAAAAUUUAGCUGUAGAUGCCAUUGCAACUGGCCACUAUGCUAAUACAACUUUUGGACCAUAUUUAGAUAAUUUUAAAGAAGAUGAAAGUGUAAAGCUUCUACAGCCAGUUGAUAAACAUAAAGAUCAAACUUUUUUUCUGUCUCAAGUAAAACAAUUCUCAUUAAGAAGAUGUAUGUUUCCAUUGGCAAGAUAUUUGAAAAGUGAAGUAAGAGAAAUAGCAAGAAAGAAAGGUCUUAUGAAUAUUGCUAGUAAAAGGGAUAGUACAGGAAUAUGUUUUAUUGGCAAAAAGAGAUUCAAAAACUUCAUUCAAGAGUUUAUUCCUGAGAAGAAUGGAUACUUUAUUGAUAUAGAUACAGGACAUAUUGUGGGAGAGCAUACUGGUAUCCAUAAAUGGACAAUAGGACAACGAUGUUGUUUGCGAAGCUUCAAAGAUGCAUACUUUAUUUUUAAAAAAGAUGUAGUUUCUAAUAUUAUUUAUGUUGUUGCGGGAACUAAACAUCCUGCCCUUUGGAAUAAUAUUUGCUACACCAACCACCCUCACUGGAUUUCUGAAGAACCAGUAGAUUUAGUUAAGAAAUGUGUAUGGAAAGCCUAUUUUAGAUUUCAACAUACUAAGCCUUUAGUACCUUGCCGGGUAGUUACUAACUCUGAUGGCUUAACAAUAAUAUUAGAGCAAAAUUUAAGAGCAAUAACAGAAGGGCAAUAUGGGGUUCUGUAUAGUAAUAAUAUAUGUUACGGUAGUGCAAAGAUAAAAGAUAUUCAUAAAAACCUUAAACUGCCUUCCAUUGAAUAA